CGUACGUACCACGCAUAGCGUUCCAUACUGACCCUUUGCAUGAGUUUCAAUUUGGACAAAAUCGAAAUGGCUGCCUGUACUGAAGUUCUGAAAGUGAAUCGAGACCUUCUUGAUAGCGAGUUUGAUGGCUACAAAUUAUCUCUUGACCCUCUGCCCAUCUAUUCUCUUUUGAUCAAAUCUGGGGUUGAUGAAGUGAAGCUGAGAGAUGACGAGUAUACUUUCCAGCAUAUGCAAGCAUUUGGUUUGACCAACUAUUUAACCGGUGACCUGUGGAAUCCCAACUGUGUUUACUAUGUUGAUACAGAAUGGAGGCUUCUGCAGCUGAGAGUUGUUCUGGAAUCACAGCUGACUGAACCUACAGUCAUCUUCACCAUUCCUGAGGGGGUGACCAGGAGGGCAGGGUCAAGACACAGUGUUUCUCUCUCCUUCCCCUCCCCUCAUCUGUGCGUGUUGUCUGAUGGGGUGGGGCUCCUUUAUGUACUAGACACUGGGGUCAGAGACCAAUUUGAGUGCACACAGUGGAAGGUGAUAUUCAAGAAAGAAGUGUGUGGAGGUGCUCCGGCCAUCUUACAGCAUGCUGUAUGCAGAGAGGAGGAGUCUGAGAUCAGAGUAGACUGUUUGUUGCUUCAUGUUGAGAAGUCAUGCCGUGUGAAUGAAGAAAAUGGAGAGGGUUCUACAGCGAAGAGUAACAAAAGUGAUUAUGAAACAUACAUGGAAUGGAUCACCUUGAAAAAGACAGUUGACCAAGCAGAGUUUGAGGUGGAAAACACAAGAGAACUGAGAGGGAAGACAGCUCCUGUGUACUGUGGAUUAGAGGAGGGAGCCCAAGGGUUGUUUGUAGCCAGUGAAGCUGACUUUGUUAUCAUCUCAGACUCUCUCUAUCCUGUCAAGGCAGAAGUCAAUGAUGAGGCAGAGAAGGAGGAAGAGGAAACGCCAUUACCACUGUUCACAUGGACACAGACUGGGGAAGACGUCAUCCUCACAUUCAUCGUCCCGGAAACCGUCUCCAAGCCUGACAUUCAUAUGGUGAUGGAGGCAGAUAGGAUUGAUAUCAGUAUCAAGAACGGUAAAGAACUCCUGUCUGGCGCCCUCUAUAGACUGGUUGAUAUCGCCUGCUGUACAUGGACCCUAGAGAAAAGAAAAUUGGAUGUCAUGCUGGCCAAGGAAAAUGAAGGUUUCAUGUGGACGGAGGUGGUGGUCGGGAACACGAGAGGGGAGUACGUCGCUGAUCCAGAUCAAGCAAGACUGAUCCAUGAAAGACUGGCUCAUCUGACCUCAGAUGCACUGGGUCCUGAUCCUAGCGGUAACAUUGGAGGUCAACCAGGAAUCAGUCCACAAGACUUGGAGGAGUGCGAUAUGAAUGUAGAGAAUGAAGUCUGUAUCUAUAGGAUAGAUGGACACAAACACACCAUCUCACACAAGACUUGUAUAUCGAGCUACCAACGUAUCUUCAAGGCGCCGCUUCAACCCAGUCAUCCACCCUGUAUCUGUCUCCGCCACGAUGUUGAUGGCGUGGUCUGGCAACCCAGGCCGACAACGGCUGAAUCUCCAUCACCAUGGCAACACGAGGCUACCUUCAACGCCCUAGGCUAUGUUCAAGCCUCUAAGAGAAAUUGCAAGUUUGCCAGCUGCUCCCCGGACACUUCCUACUGUGUCCUGUGCGACUGCUCCAAGCAUGGUUAUAUCUACAGACAACCGGCAGAUAUCCCUAGUCCGCUCAGGAAUCGCAAGAGUGGACGUGUGGUCGGACAGAUAGCCAAGCAGCAGGUCAUCAGUCUGGACGCCAUCGACGACAUUCUUGGACUGCAAGCGACCAACGAGAGGCUGUUUAUCUUGACCACUAAGAAGAUGUAUGUCAUCAGGGUCAACGUUGACUGAUGGUUUGAAUGUCACAGGCAUGGACUCUUAUGAGCAGAUUUUACAUGAACAAUGUACAUUAUAUUAGCUGCUGAGAGCCAGGAGGGCUUGGGCCCCAUUUCACAAAACUUGUCAUCAGUGACUAAUGACAGUUUUUGUUAU